UUGAGAUAGAAACGUGAUUUGGUGACGUCAUUCUGACGAUAGGAAUCCAACAUGGCGGAGGCUGCCGUCGACCAGUCUUCGACAGGAUCGGUGUAUUUUUGCCAUCAAUGUACACAAGAAGUACAACCUAAGCUACCGGACUACACCUGCCCAAGAUGUGACUCAGGGUUCAUAGAAGAAUUGACAGACAACACUUUUGAGCCAUCAGGGGAGGAUGAUGAAGACGGUCCCAAUAACAUUGAUGUCAACCCAGCAGAGCAGUUUGCAGAGUUAUGGAGUAGGACUUUCCUGGGCCUGGACCCCUCCUUAACGGAGCCUAGUCGAGGCUCUGCGGACAGAGAACGGGACAUACGGGACAGGAGAACACGGCUGCCCAGGACACAGCUACGCUUCAGAACAAGACCUGCCUCACACAGGGGCAUAGACAGGUCACCAGCACUAGAGAGUAUCAUCCAGCAGCUGUUAGGAGGACUGGGAGGGGCUGCAGGUACUGGGCUUUACCCACCAGUCUUUUUACAGUCAGGGACUGGAGGUUUCCCAGCGGGUUUCUUCAACCUGCAUGGUAACCCUGGUGACUAUGCGUGGGGUCCAGGAGGCCUGGAUGCCAUCAUCACCCAGUUACUGAACCAGCUGGAUGGAACAGGCCCCCCUCCCGCUGACAAGAAGAUGAUAGACGCCCUCCCCACAGUAACUAUCAUCCAGGAACAAGUUGAUAAUGGAUUGGAAUGUACUGUGUGUAAAGAAGAGUACCACCUGGAUGAGAGGAUAAGGCAGCUACCCUGUGGCCACUGUUACCAUUCAGACUGUAUUGUACCAUGGCUAGAAAUGCACAACACGUGCCCUGUUUGCAGAAAAAGCUUGGAUGGGAGUCGAACGGACAUGGACAUGGACAACAGCCUAGACCCCAGAUAAUCAACAAGUCAGCAAAAGUCUAUGUUUGACUAACGGGUAGUCUUUAUUAACGCAGAUAGCUUACACGUACCCUAUACAGUCCACUCAGUCUACCCAAAGAAAAAAAGAUUGACAAAAUCCACCAGGAUUUUUAUAAACUUCAAAAAUCUUUUUUUGUUUUCUGUUGAACUUUGUCUGCUGUAUAACAUAGCCUGGAAUGAUUGAUAUGUAUGAAUAUGAUAUUUCUAUUGGUGAAGUUGAUAAGGGGGGUAUAUGGGAAGACUCGUCGAACAAUAAAAAAUCAGGUAUAAAUGUGUGUAUAGAUAUCAUCACAUCUGUGUUUCUUGUUAGCUUGGACCAAUGUCGGUAGCUUUUUCAAAUCAUUUGUCCUUUUUACUACGAUUCUGCUUUGCGUUCACUUGUAUAAAAGGAGUCUUCCACAAUUAAGUUGUGGACUUUUUCAUUCAAACAAUCAUCUCUUAUCUAGUGUUACAUGACUGAUAUAUAAUGUAAUCUUACUGCCAAUCAACGUUCAAUACGUGUACACAAUUCUGUGUGCAUAAUAAGGCUGCUGAACUAGAACGAUCACCCUCAGUACUACUCUACUCUAUCAAUAAAAAAAAUAUGAUCUUUGAUGAACAUGGAACUAAUUCUGACACUCUUAAGAAUAAACAACAGCAUAACAGUAUGUACAUAUCAAUUUUGAAACAACUCCAGAGUUUUUCUGGAGAGGACGAGUGACGAAACAGUUUCAUUUUCCAACUUUGCCGGACAUUCUGAUACAAUUCAAAAUGUUUUUUAUGUGUGCUGAAGAAUGUUUCCCUGCCUUCUUUCCUUUCCUUAAAAAACUUUAAAGUCAUCAGUAGACUCAGUACUUCAGAAGUCAUAACUUUGUUAGUCUUAUCAGUGACUACAAUGCGAGCCAAGAAAAAGAAUUCCACGUGAAAGAAGAAAUUUACACUAUUUGAUGUUUUGCUAAGUGUGAGUUAAGCUAUAUUUAUAUCAAGGUACAUCCCAAUGCUGAUUUUGUAAGAGAAUAGAUUCCAAUUGAAGCAUUUCGUUGUCGAAAUAGUAAGAUGUAGACCUUGGAAAUGGCCAUGCAGCAUCAACUUUUUAUCUGGUCAAGAAGAAGAUGACUUUAUUCCCCGUAAAGCUAACAGCUUAUCAGAAUGCAGAGAAGUUACUUCAGUUUGUUGCUGGUUUGGGAAGAAGUGUACAGCUCUGGCUGGAGUGUUAUUGUCUUGAAAAUGACUGCAGCAACUUUCCCAUCAUAGUCAUCACAGGUACAUGUAGUGUUAGGGCAAAUUCGGAUGUUUCUGGUCUAGUAGCACUUUUAUGUUGUAUCAUAUUCUGAAUUGUAAAAGGGCAAUGGGGGCUAGUCAAAAGAACUGCUGUUAUCUGAAAUCUUGUCAGGACUAUAGAAUUAAAAAAAUCUUCAUGAA